AUGGGGAAUCGCCAGCCAGACCAACCCAUGCGUUUUCCCCAGCAUGCUCAGCUCUCAAAGAGAGAAGCUACUUUUGAGCAGGGAUGGCCUGAACUUCUCUCAGGAAAAAUACCAGACCUAGCUCGAGCUGGGUUUUACUACAGGGGAGUGAAAGAUAACGCUACCUGUUUUCAUUGUGGAAUGACUUUAGAGAAUUGGGAUCUUGAGGAGGAUCCUUAUGCAGAACAUGCUUAUUGGAACCCCAAUUGUCCUUACAUCAAUCAGUAUAAAGGACGAAGCUGGGUGAUGAGUAUAUUUGUCGGGGACUUAGAUCAGCAGGGAUAUAAACCUUUACCUGAGAUUAAACCUCUACUGAACCCAGAACCAGACGUCCAGUUAACACAGAAAUAUCCGUUUGGACUGUUGAAUCUCGCCUCGACAGAUGGGGCAAAACUGAAAGGAAGGAGCACACAAGGCACAGCAGCAUACGUGUCCACAAGGUAG